AUGCCUAUUGCCCGGGAGUCGGUGUGCGAGCCGGGGAAGAUCGAGGGAACCUCUGCUGACGAGGAACGCCAGAGCCGGCGGUGCUGCGGGGGCGGCGGGCGCGGCGGGGGACCCGGCGGUGCUGCUGCGGCGGCGGGGGGGAGCGGCGGGGCCGGACCAGACCAGACCCGACCCGGCGGGAGCGGCGGGGCCACACCUAGCUGCGCUGCGGCCACCAGCACGUACCGGGCCCUGCUUGCUGAGGACCAAAGCCUAUUCCUAGGAGAGAGCCUAGAACCAAGGAGAAUGGCCCUUGGGAGCCAGAGACCCUCAUUCCAGGAGUUGGUGACAUUGAAGGAUGUGGUCGUGGACUUCACUAAGGAGGAUUGGGACAUCUUGGACCAUUCUCAGAAAGAGCUGUACAAGGAGGUCAUGCUGGAGAAUGUCCAGAACCUGCUGUCUCUGUAUGUAGAGACCAGGUUUGAAGUAAACGAGGUGACUAGAAAUCUUGGAAUUUUUUUGGAAAAGCAUGAUCUGCAAAGAUUCCUGAGUGAUGAUCCAUUGGACUUCAAGUUGAGAGAAUUGCAUGACUCGGAUAUCAAGGUAGAAAGAAAUCCAAAGAGUGACUGUGAAUUUGAUGAAAUUGGAAAGAGAUUCAGACAAUCUUCAAUACUAAAUCACUAUAAGAAGAUGACCUCAGAGAAUGACUAUCUUCCAGAUAUUGAAUAUAGCAAAUGCUUUACUGAAGAGAUAGAUCUUUUUCAUUCCAAUGAGAAGCCUCUUGAAAUGCCAAUGUAUCCAGGUAGUCAAUGGGAAAUGGCCUUGAGCUGGAGUUCAGACCUCAUUAGACAUCAGAAAAAUGAUACUGGAGAAAUGCUUUGUGUAGGUAAUCAAGGUGGGAAGGCCUUGAGUCAGAACUAUAGGCUCAUCACUUAUCAGCAAAUUCCCAUUAGAGAGGAGCCUGAUGAAUAUAAUGAAUAUGAAACAGCCUCAACCCAUCAUUCAUCUCUUCCUUGCCAGCCUGGAUUUCACCCUGUAGUGAAAACAUAUGCCUGUCCUCAGUGUGGGAAGGCGUUGGGUUGGGACUCAGAUCUUGAUAGAUCUCAUGAGAUCCAUACUGAGGAGAAGUUUUAUGAAUGUCGUGAAUGUGGGAAGGCAUUCUGCUACAAAUCACUCCUUAUUGGCUUUCAGAGAAUCCACAAUGAAGAGAAACCUUAUGAAUAUAAUCAGUGUGGUAAGACUUUCACACAGAGGCACAAUGUUGCUUCACGUCAGAGAAUCCCCAGUGUAGAGAAACCUUUUGAAUGUGAUCAAUGUGGAAAGGCUUUCACAUACAACUCCAAUCUUACUGCACAUCAGAGAAUCCAUACUGGAGAAAGGCCUUAUGAAUGUAAUCAAUGUGGAAAAACUUUCACACAGAGCUCCAAUCUUACUGCCCAUCAGAGAGUCCACACUGGAGAGAAGCCUUAUGACUGUAAUCAAUGUGGAAAGGCUUUCAAAAACAGAGGCAGUCUUGCUGCACAUCAAAGAGUGCACACUGGAGAGAAGCCUUAUAAAUGUAAUCAUUGUGGAAAGCCUUUCACAGACAGGGGCAAUCUUGCUGCACAUCAGAGAAUCCACACUGGAAAGAAGCCUUAUGAAUGUAAUCAGUGUGGAAAGGCUUUCACACAGAGCUCCAGUCUUGCUGCCCAUCAGAGAAUCCACACUGGAGAGAAGCCUUAUGAGUGUAAUCAGUGUGGAAAGGCUUUCACAAACAGGACCAAUCUUGCUGCACAUCAUAGAAUCCACACUGGAGAGAAGCCUUAUGAAUGUAAUCGAUGUGGAAAGGCUUUCACAAACAGGGGUGGUCUUGCUACACAUCAGGGUAUGCACACUGGAGAGAAGCCUUACGAAUGUAAUCAGUGUGGAAAGGCUUUGAGAAAGAGCUCCAGUCUUGCUACCCAUCGGAGAAUCCACAGUGGGGAGAAACCUUUUGAAUGUAAUCAUUGUGGAAAGGGUUUCACACAGAGGACUACUUUUGAUGCACAUCAGAGAAUCCACAGUGGAGAGAAACCAUUUGAAUGUAACCACUGUGGAAAGGCUUUCAUAAUGAGGCAGUAUCUUGCUGCCCAUGAGAGAAUCCACACUGGCGAGAAGCCUUUUGAAUGUGAUCACUGUGGAAAGGCUUUCAGACAGAGGUGCCGACUUAUUUUACAUCAUAGAGUUCACAGUGAGGAGAAACACUAGGAAUGUGGUUUAUGUGGAAAGGCUUUCACACAGGGCUCCAGUAUUGUUAGACAUCAAAAAAUUGAUACUGAAGAGAAGUCUUAUGAAUAAUCAACAUGGAAUGAUUUCACACUGAGCUCAGAUUUUGCAGAGAAUCCAUACUGGAGACAAACCUCGUGAGUGUGAUCAACAUGACAGUUUUUUUUUAAUUACCACUCUUAGCAUAUUUAAUAGACGAGGUCCCACACUUAGGAGAAACCUUAUGAGGCAACAAUCAUCUCCUAUUUAGCAUCUCAGAAGUCAUGUGAGAUAGAAAUCUGAUCAUUGUCAGGAAGAAAGAAAGGCAUUCAGAUGGAGCUGACAGCUUCUUCAGGAUUAGAGAAACCAUUCUGAGGAGCAGUUCUCUCUGGACUCCAUGUGGGAAGGCUUUCAGCUAGAGAUCAUCUCUUACUUUCUAUCAGAGGAUUCACUGGAGAGAAGCCUCACAAAAUGGGCUCAUGGGGGCUGUGCUUUUCUUUGGAGGAGGCUGAUUGGGAGACAACUUGUUCCUACUGGAAUGAAGGUGUAUUAAGACAAUGGGAUGUGGGAAGGGCUUCCCCUACAGCUCCUCCUUGACUGUACUUUGGAGAAAUCAUGGUGGAGACAAAGCUUUGGGAUCUAAUUACCAACGGAAGGCCUCCUGCUGCAGCACAGACUUCAUUUGUCCUCCCAACAAGAGACUUCAUUAACCAUCCCUAUAUUUCAUCCUGUACAUAAAACACCAUAUAUGUAAGGAUUUUUCAGUGAAAUCCCAAUGUUUCUCAUCCAUCCUCAACAUUUCAUGGCUUUCAUCAACUUCAGUUCUUCAGCCAUUCCCCCAUUAUAUGGUACUCACUUUUGUUUCCUGUUGUUUGCUGGCAGAAAAAUUCCUUCCUUCAAUGUUUUGGUACCUGUUGGACAUUAAUUUCUGCAAUGCUUUCUUUAAGGGGCUAGGUGACAUGGUGCAUGAAGUAUUAUCCUUGGAACCACAAGACCUGAAUUCCAGUUCAGUCUCUGGCACUUCCUACUUGUAUGUCCCUGGGGCAAGUCAUGUCACCUAAUCCUGCCUGAGUUUUCCUAUCUAUAGAAUGGGGAUAAUAAGGGCAUCUACCUCCCAGAAUGAUGUGAGGAUUUAUUUAAACAACAUUUGUUAAAUGCUUUGCAAACAUUAAAUCACUAUGGAAAGACUGGU